UGCAUCGUCAAACAUCCAUUGUUAGGAAUUUUGGACAUCCAUGUGGCUCAAAAGCGAUUUUUAAAAGAUAUCGGACAAUUACAAACAACAUUUCAAAAGUCCCACCCCGAAAACUUGGUUCGAUAGGCUUGAAGUUUAAAAUGGCUUUGAGUAUGGACGAAGUGUUGGAGAAGAUUGGCAGCAUGGGUUGGUACCAGAUCCGUCUUAUAUUCAUCUUGAGCUACAUUGAAAUGAUUAAUAUGACAUACCAGGUGAUAUUGCCCAGCUUCACCUCGGCGGAACCUAAAUGGAUGUGCGCCGGAAUUCGAAAUAAAAGCCAUUGUAACUUUACUGGACAAGUUGACGCUACGGAUGAACGGCGAUGCAAAAUGCCCAGAGAAUCCUGGAAGUUUGCUGACGAUUUUACAUCUGUUGUUACAACGUUCGACUUAGUCUGUGAUAAUGCCAUUCUGUCGAGCCUUUCCACUUCUCUCGUAUUCGCGGGCUGGUUGUUUGGAGCACUCGGUGGAGGCGUUCUUUCUGAUAAAAUCGGCCGUAAACCCGUUUUGCUGAUCUUCUCGUUCACUACAAGUUUGUUUGGCCUUCUUGCCUCUUUUCCACAUCGUUUUUGGCUGUUUAUCCUGUUCAGACUAUGUACAGGCUUAAGUAUAGGGGGCGGAUCAAUGGGAGUGUACGUGUUAGCGACAGAAUUUGUAGGCAAGAGGCACCGUCAUGUCGCUGGCACGUCACUGUUUUAUUCAUGGGCUCUGGGUCUCGAGACGUUGGCAGGACUAGCAUAUGGGGUGCGUGACUGGAGAAUGCUGUCAAUCGUAUGUUCUGCACCCGGCUUGAUUUCCAUUUUGGCGUGGAGGUUUGUUCCAGAAUCGUCGAGGUAUCUACUGCUCAAGAAUAAGCUUGCAGAGACGGAAGAAAUCCUUCGGGAAAUCGCUGCGACGAAUAAGAAGAAAUACCCAGAGGAGCCUUUAGACAACCCGUGUGCUGAUGGGAAGGUUCAACAGAUAGGUGACUUCAGAUAUUUAUUUCGAACUAAGAAGAUGGUUCAUAGAACUCUAGUGUCUUGGUAUGCCUGGUUUGUAAACGGCAUGGUUUAUUAUGGUGUAUCGUUCAGUACUCCAACCCUUGGUGGUAACAUAUACCUGAAUUUCUUCCUGGCCUCCGUUAUAGAGUUUCCUGCCAAUUUCGUGGCCAUCUGGAUCAUGGGAAGGUUCGGUCGCAAAAAGCCUUUGGUUUAUUUCCUGAUCCUCGCUGCGGUCGCCUCAACUGGCGCAGUGUUAUGUACAAUGUAUGAUCCUGGGAGCGAUAAAGGGUUCAUGGCUGGUCGUAUUCUUAUGGCGAUGUCAGCGAAGUUCUUUGUGUUCAUCUCAUUUGAUGCUAUCUAUGUUUACUCCGCUGAACUCUUCCCUACAGUCAUCAGGAACAUAGGCAUGGGCACAUCAACAGCCUCUGGAGGGAUUGGCUCCUUUUUAUCUUCUUAUAUAAUUCAUCUGCGAUUCACCCACCCGCUUCUCCCAUACGGCAUCAUGGGAGGCAACGCAUUGUUGGCGGGAAUCCUUUGCCAGACUCUGCCGGAGACAAAAGACUUGCCAACUGCUGAAACUAUGGAAACCGAAAGCACUGAAGAAGCAUAUAUGGCACUGAAGUCAGCUGUAGAUUUCAAAGAGAAGGAAGCCGCUGAUGGUAACCAAUUCACAAUGGCCGAUACUCUGAAAGACACCACAAACAGCAAAGCAAACUUGGUGGAUUACGCACGUCAUUGUAACUGAAUUUAAAGGACUUAUGCCUUGUCUCUUUUAGUUUUUCUUUUCAAAAGAGUCUUUUUUCUAUCUUCCCGAUGUAUAUUCUUUCCUUCUCAUUCAACUUAUGGCAAGGGGUAGUUUUGCUCUUAAAACAUUUUAAUGUAGGCUGAAUCAGUUGAGGUAAUUCUUCAGUAUUACACUGCGCAUCCUGUGCUGCGCAAAUAAGGGCGUACGCAUUCCGAGAACUUGUUAUUCGUUUUUGCAGUAAAUGGACGAGGUCAAAUUGGCCCAUCAUAUUUCUUUAGC